GGAAGGGGCCGCGCUCACAGAGCUGAGGGCAGCGGUUGUUACGGCGUGGCUGUGGCGUUCGCCCCCACCCCCCGUAGCUCCUUCAGCUUUAGCCAACAAAGGCUUAAACUGCCAAUUUUGAGUGAAAUUCGCCUGGUUUAGAAGAGUUUUUUUUACUUUGCGGGGGAAAAAAAAAACCCAGAAACCCGCGGUUGUUGCCCUGUGCUGCUCUUCUGCUUGUUUCUCGAGAGCAUUUCUCCCCACUUGUCUCAGCCAUGGUGAUGUUCAAGAAGGUGAAGAGUUUCCACCUGGCUUUCAGCGAGCCUGAGAAGGUCUACUGCAGUGGGGAGAAAGUGGCUGGGCAUGUGUUGGUGGAGGUGGCUGAGGUCACUCGAGUCAAUGCUGUCAAGGUGCUGGCCUGUGGGGUGGCCAAAGUCAACUGGGCCAAGGGCCCCCAGCAGUGCAAGCAGGAGGUGGAGUACCUGCGCUUCGAGGAUGUCCUCAGCCUGGAGGAGCAGCCCACUGAUGAGGACGGCUCUGUAAUCCUGAGACCCGGUAACAAGUACGAGUACAAAUUCGGAUUCGAGCUUCCCCAAGGGCCUCUGGGUACCACCUUCAAGGGAAAGUACGGCUGCGUGGAUUAUUGGGUGAAAGCCUUCUUGGAGCGCCCAUCUAUCCCUGCUCAGGAGAUAAAGAAGCGCUUUGAGGUUAUGGAUCCCGUUGAUGUGAACACUCCAGAACUGUUGUCCCCGGUUGCUGCCAAGAAGGAGAAGAAGGUGUCCUGCAUGUUCAUUCCUGACGGACGAGUGUCGGUCAGCGCUCAGAUCGACAGGAAAGGGUUUUGUGAAGGUGAUGAGAUCUGCAUCAAUGCUGACUUCGAGAACACUUGCUCACGCAUCGUGGUGCCCAAAGCGGCCAUCGUCGCCAAGCACACCUACCUGGCCAACGGGCAGACCAAGGUCUUCACCCAGAAGCUCUCCUGCGUCCGAGGCAACCACAUAGUCUCGGGCAUGUCCGAGUCCUGGCGGGGCAAAACCAUCCGCGUCAAGAAGCUCAAACCGUCCAUCUUGGGCUGCAACAUUCUGCGUGUGGAGUAUUUCCUGCAGAUCUACGUCAGUGUCCCUGGGUCCAAGAAAAUCAUCUUGGAGCUGCCCCUCGUCAUCGGCAGCCGCUCGGGCAUCAGCAGCCGCAGCUCCAGCAUGGCCAGUCAGACCAGCUCCGAGAUGAGCUGGGUGGAUUUGAACCUCCCCGAUGCUCCAGAAGCACCCCCGUGCUACCUGGACAUUGUUCCUGAAGACCACCGCCUGGAGAGCCCCACCACGCCUCUCCUGGAUGACCCCGACAGCUUCGACAGCCCCAUAUUCAUGUACGCCCCGGAGUUCAAGUUCAUGCCACCGCCCACCUACACGGAGGUGGACCCCUGCAUCGCCAACAACAACGUGCAGUGAGCGCAGAGUCAAGAAAAAGUAACUUUCUGGCUUUUUUUGUGGACUCCAUGCGCUGAGGCGCACGCCUGGCGGUGGCAUGGACAUCACUCGGUGCCCCGCUGCCCGCAGAGCGGCUGCUGGAAGGGCCAGCGGCUCCUGGCGAGCGUGAGGAGGUGAUGAGUGUAUGAGUCUGUGUGCCCUCGUGUGCUGGCUGUGCCGAGACGCCCCGCUGCGGCGCCCGCGGUGCCUUCGGACCUUGCUGACAGCCAAAGUCUUCCAAGAGAAAAAACUGCCACCAAACCUUGAACUUCGCACGGUGCUCACAUGGAAACGGGCGGGAGAGCGACUGAAAACCAGAACCAAACCCUGAAACGUUGGGUCGGAACCGGCCACCGCGCCCUCCUGUCCCGUCCGCCAUUGGUUUGGCGAACGCGCCACCCAGGCGUGCAAAGAUGGUGACUAAACCUGUUCUGGGGUGGCUGCACCGCAGCUUUCACCUCCCCAUGGCCACCGCGUCCUGCGGCCACCUCCUGCGGUCACAUCCAGGCGAUGCUGGGCCGGCUGACCCCGUGGGGGAAAGGUGGCUCAUAGUGGGAAACGCUGGUGGCACCAGAGCGGGAUGGAGAGGGGGGAGCGGCUCCUUUUCUACUGUUUUCUAUUUUUUGGGGUGGAUGAGGGGAGAAUAAAUAAAUAAAUGUAUUUUGUACUGCCA